AUGAAAAUUCUCCUGAAAAUUGUUUCGAAGCGCCAUCCUAGAAGGAAAGACGUAUUAAAUUCAAAAUUUAACGGUCGCUUGAAGAUUUUCAGAUGUUUCGUCCGUUUAAAUGACCCAAAGUUGUCUCACGAGCUUAUUGCUGUACAGUGUAAAAGAUUUUUUAUUUCUGGUGAAUGUAGUAAUUCUUUCUUUUUUUUUUUUUUUUAAGCAACUUAAUCAUACAAUACAUUUAUUAGAAAAGUCACUCUGGAAGUUCUUUUCUUAAUAGAUUAAUUUUCGUAAAGAUUUGGAAGAUCUGCAUCGUAAAAAAUACGUUCGUGAAUACUGUAUAAUUUUCGUUGUUAAGUUUUUAUUAUUACAUAAUCUAUAAUCAUGUCGCAUUUAAAAUAUAUGAAAGAAUUAAAUAAUUUAACCCGAAUGGAUGAAGCCAUAAAAGGACCACUUCCACGCUGGCAGAAAAAAUGUUUGGAGGCAUCAAAUUCAAGUAAUGUUAGCUUAAACUCAUCGCGCAAAGUUAUGUCUGGAUCUUGUAUGAAUACCACUACAGGGAAAUCGCCAACAAAAAAAUAUGAUUCGAAGAACAAAAAGACACCAUCAAAAGGAAAUAAAAAAUCUCCAGGUCGUAAUGUUAAUACUCCUGCUAGUACACCCAAUGGUGGAGAUAGAUUUAUUCCUUGCAGAUCGACAACAAAUUUUGAUUUAGGUUAUUAUAAGAUUCAGCAGCAACAAGCUGAUCAAGAUGGUGACAAAGGAGAUAACAUAAGUCCUACAAAGAAAGAAAUGCAACGUUUGAUAGGAGAAAAUCUACAUGGUGGGGAUAUCAAUAAUAUGAGAGUUUUAUCGUAUCAGAAUAAAGCUCCAGCUCCGCCUGAAGGAUAUCAGAAUCCUUUAAGAGUUGUUUAUAGUCAAACAAAAACACCAGCCAGUGUUAAAGCUUCUACAAGAUAUAUCCCUCAAACCCCUGAUCGAAUAUUGGAUGCACCAGAAAUUAUUGAUGAUUAUUAUUUGAAUCUGAUUGACUGGUCAGAAAAUAACGUUUUAGCUGUAGCCUUAGGUAAUAGUGUAUAUUUAUGGAAUGCUGGAACAGGCACUAUAGCACAACUAUUUGAGUUAGAAAGCAAUGAUUAUGUAUGUUCUGUAGCAUGGAUUCAGGAAGGUCCAUAUUUAGCUAUUGGAACUACUGUAGGUAAUACAGAACUAUGGGAUUGUAGUGAAAUAAAGAGAGUACGUGUAAUGAAUGGUCAUGCUGCUAGAGUUGGUUCUCUUGCAUGGAAUUCUCAUAUUUUGACAAGUGGCUGCAGAGGUGGUCAAAUAGUACACCAUGAUGUUAGACAACGUCAACAUUUAAUAUCAUCUAUGAAUGCACAUGCUCAAGAAGUAUGUGGUUUAAAAUGGUCACCAGAUGGAAAAUAUUUAGCUAGUGGUGGCAAUGAUAAUAUGCUUUAUAUAUGGCCAGUAGUUGCUGGACAAAAUCAUUCCCAUACUCAACCUCUUUACACAUUAAAUCAACACCAAGCAGCUGUAAAAGCACUUGCAUGGUGUCCUUGGCAAAAUAAUAUUUUAGCUAGUGGUGGUGGUACUGCAGAUAGAACAAUUAGAUUUUGGAAUUGUAAUACAGGAGCUUGUAUAAAUAGUAUAGAUACGAAAUCACAAGUAUGCUCAUUGCUUUGGUCUUCAACAUAUAAAGAAAUAAUCUCAGGCCAUGGAUAUGCGCAAAAUCAAUUAACUAUAUGGAAAUAUCCAGGAAUGACAAAAGUUGCAGAAUUAACUGGCCAUUCUAGUCGUGUUUUACAUUUAGCCAUGUCUCCUGAUGGUACUACAGUUCUUAGCGCAGGUGCUGAUGAAACAUUAAGAUUGUGGAAAUGUUUUCUACCUGAUCCACAAAAGAAAAAGGAACUUAGUGAAGUUAAAUCUAUACCAUCCAGACUUAAGCAAUCAAUAAGAUAAAAUUUAAUAUUAAAUCUCUAUAUCCGAAUAUUUUAAAAUUUAUUAGCCUUAAUUAUUUUCAACCAUUAACUCUCUUGACAAAGAAAAAUAUUUUAUUCUCGUAAGAUAAAGUAUUUGAUUUAGAAUAUUUUAUUUUCUUACAAUAAUAGGUAUGCAACUGUUGUUUCUUAUUGACA